AUGUCAACGUCCCAGGGUACAAGGGUUGCAUGGAGCUACAUGUAUGAGAAAGGGCUGGUGGAUGUAAUGAAAGAGCAUGUCAAUAUCCCAAUGUACAGGGCACAAAAUGGCUGGACAGCAGAUGAUUGGAGAAAUAUCGCUAAACGGUUCAAUGAAACCUUUCCUUUAGCUCAUUUUUCAAAACAACAAAUGCAAGAGAAGGAGAAUGAGUUGAAAGGAAACUAUAGGACAGAUAGAGAUGCCAGAAAAGAGAGUGGUGUUGGUUGGAAUGAGACAUUAAGCAUGAUAAUUGCUGAACCAAAGAAAUGGGAAGACCUAUUUGAGAAGAAUCCCAAAGUCAGUAAGUUCCAAAAGAAGCCACUUCCUCUUUAUGAACACCUGGCAUCAUUGUAUGCAGGAAAUAUAGCCACUGGAGAUUUGAAUUUUACAUCAACCGAGCCACCUAACAUGACGGCACGACCUCCAAUUGAAAGAAGUUACUUUGAGCAAAGUACAGAGAACACGGUUACUAGCUCUGAUUCUGUUGGCAUCAAUUUUGGUACAAAUCAUUUUUCUCAAAUUGAGGGCCCAGAAGUGCAAUCUGCACCACCCUAUCUCAAUCUAGAGGAGAAAGAAAGUGCUAGUGGAAAAAACGCAAGCAAAGUCAAAUGGCAGCUAAACUCGGUGAAUUCAUAG